CCAGCUCCAGCGACCCCAGGUUUUCUAUGGGAUUCCCAAUCUGCAGCGGAGAUUUACCGGAGCGUGUUGCGGCUGCCGCUGGGUUUGGAAGGCGCGAUCCAAGAGGGAUUUAAGCAGCCUAGAGCUCCAAAGGAUAAAAAAGAGCGCGAGAGAACCACGCACAGAGACGGCUUAACCGUUUGCCCGAAUUAAAUAUAUAUAAAGAACUGUUGAGUGUUGUCAUUUUCGUUAGGUGACCGUGCACAGCGCUGUAACUGCAGAAUGGGGAAACAGAAUAGCAAACUGGCCCCCGAAGUGAUGGAGGACCUGGUGAAGAGCACGGAGUUUAACGAGCAUGAGCUCAAGCAGUGGUACAAAGGGUUCCUUAAGGACUGUCCGAGCGGGAGGCUGAACCUUGAGGAAUUCCAGCAGCUCUACGUGAAGUUCUUCCCUUACGGAGACGCCUCCAAGUUUGCCCAGCACGCCUUCCGAACCUUCGACAAGAACGGGGACGGCACCAUCGACUUCCGAGAGUUCAUCUGUGCCCUGUCCAUCACCUCCAGGGGCAGCUUCGAGCAGAAACUGAACUGGGCCUUCAACAUGUACGACCUGGACGGCGAUGGCAAGAUCACCCGCGUGGAGAUGCUGGAGAUCAUUGAGGCGAUCUACAAAAUGGUGGGCACUGUGAUCAUGAUGAAGAUGAACGAGGACGGCCUCACGCCCGAGCAGCGAGUCGACAAGAUUUUCAGCAAGAUGGAUAAGAACAAGGACGACCAGAUUACCCUGGAUGAAUUCAAAGAAGCUGCCAAGAGCGACCCUUCCAUUGUAUUACUUCUGCAGUGUGACAUUCAGAAAUGAGCGGAGGUCAACGCUAUGGACCGCACAGAAGUCUCAAUGUUCCAUUCAGUCUGCAGCUAUUCACACACACACACACACACACACACACGCACGCACACACGCACACACACGCACACACACAGAUAUUGCUUGGACUACCUAUACAUGGACUUGCUUCUUGUGUUUGAAACACUCGUGUGCAUGAGAAUGUCAUUUGCUAAUGAAAUUUUCAAAAGCGUAUAUUAUAAAAACCAACCAACCAACAACCUGCCACAAUGUGAUAUGUGUAACAUUAUUUCAUAACGGACCCUCCUUCUCCAAAGCCUGGCCAGAAAUGUGCUGCAAAGAGUUAUAUGAUUUCUUGUUCCUGUUUUGCUGAUGCUUGUGUCUCCUUGAUUACACAAUGUUAGUGGCACUGAGGCCCCCCUUCCCCCCCAGCCACGGUAACGUAAUUUAAUUAAUUAUGUGUAUCACCAUUCUCCUGUAAAAUAGUACUGGACAGACACGCAGAGGGGUCGAGGGCUCCUCCGUGUGGUCCACACACAGAGCUUGUAUUACCAGUGAAUAGAAAUGUACGACAUUUGCAUGCCUUUUAGGUUUGCCUUAACUCUCACCUCAUUUGCAUCCUCCCAAUAUGGAAAGAGCUGUUUUGGAAUUACUGCAAUAUAAAACUUAAACGUCCUGCUAGAUGACUCAUUAAUUAAGUAUACCUAUCUAUAUAUGCAUACACACAAAGAUAUUAUUUAUUGAAAGUAAAAAAAAAAGAUGAAAGUGUAUUGAUUUCUGCUUGAAUUUUCAAAGGCUUCCGAAGAGGUGGCAAAAGAUGUCCCAAAUAAAUUUAUAACAUUUGA